GAAUGAAAGGGGUGGGGCCAGGUGACAUCAGAGGAAGCCAGGACAGUCCAGGGGAGGAGCCGGUACACCUGUGCAAGACUGAAGGGGAGGAGCCGGUAAACCUGUGCAAGACUGAAGGGGAGGAGCCAGUACACCUGUGCAAGACUGGAGGGGAGGAGCCGGUACAGCUGUGCAAGACUGAAGGGGAGGAGCCAGUACACCUGUGCAAGACUGAAGGGGAGGAGCCGGUACACCUGUGCAAGACUGAAGGGGAGGAGCCGAUACACCUGUGCAAGACUGAAGGGGAGGAGCCUAUACACCUGUGCAAGACUGAAGGGGAGGAGCCGGUACACCUGUGCAAGACUGAAGGGGAGGAGUCGGUACAGCUGUGCAAGACUGAAGGGGAGGAGCCAGUACACCUGUGCAAGACUGGAGGGGAGGAGCCGGUACACCAGUGCAAGACUGAAGGGGAGGAGCUGGUACACCUGUGCAAGACUGAAGGGGAGGAGCCGGUACACCUGUGCAAGACUGGAGGGGAGGAGCCGGUACACCAGUGCAAGACUGAAGGGGAGGAGCUGGUACACCUGUGUAAGACU